AUGGCGAGUUCUAGAGAGGGCUCCUGUCGGCCAACAUGCACGGAUGAUCUUUGUCGCCGGUUGAGCCUUGCAGCACAGCCAUCGAAGCAAGAUGCGGCUGAGAGGCAGCCAACCGCCCGCUCUGCCAGGGAAUUGCAGGCAUUGCAAGCCCUACAGCAGUCCGUGAUCAACGAGUUUAUCCAGAGCCCGAGUGAAGCACAUGCCAUUGAAAUUACUCCGCUGGCGCCUUUCGUCGUUGAAGACGACUAUGUACGUGUGUUCGACAGAUUCCACAAUGUUAUCGCAAGUGCUGCGGUGGACGGCAAGAUCGUGGACGUUGAGCUUCUACGCGCAUUCGAGGCGUUUCUUCACUGUCGCCAGGCUGGGCUGGCUGGAAAGAGAUUGAAUCUCGGGAGUGCCAUGCUUUCGAUCCAGAGCGCACUGGACAGUGCUGUUGAUGCAGCUCAUGGUCAAACAAAGUACAACUCGAUACGCGCGCUUUCGGCAGUCUUGGAUGCUAUGAAUGAAGUCAAGGUGGGGGGCAUCGUUGAUCUCAAAGUGCAAAGCUUGCUGAAGCGGCUGGAGAAGCUCAGAGAUCAUAAAGAGCUUCGUCUGGCCGAGGUCGCGAGUUACUCCUAUCAGGCGCUGCUGGCCAUUCCAACUGACGUGUGUCCUUGGAAGAAGAUUGGAGCCAGCACUUUCAAGACCAUCUUGGGCGGCGCAAAGGUUGCUGGCUCUGUUUGGUCUCUCGAUCCAUCGAAGCUUCUUGAGGGACUGGUCGACUUGACGGAAGUGCCCGAGUUGAUAAGCUCCAUCAUCGAGGCCAUCAAAUCAUGCAGCGAAUUGUUUCAGAACGCUUCCAACGCGGGUAAAGCAUUCAAAACGCUGAAGAAACCCAAGGAUUGGUAUGUCGCUUUGCGAGCCACUGAUGGCUUGGUUUGGGCAAAUGCUCCAAAGCAUCUGGAAGCUCUGCUUCAGCAUCCAGACCUGCCUUGUCGCGAAGAUAAAGAUUUCCUCUGUGGCCUAUGCGCACAGCUUGAACUGGCAGACGAUUUGAAACAUGACCAAGUAGUCAACGUUCUCACGACGUUUCUUAUCGCCCAAGCAAGUCAGACCAAGUUCUGUCGUGUACUCGAAUGGGCUCGGCUGGUUACCAGAUCGCCGCAACUUGACUCCCCGAACUUGUCAAGAUCCGGGCGUCGCAAAACAUACUUGAGCAAUGUAGAACGCUCGAAACCCAAGGCCCAUCCACCCCGAAAGCAAUUACUGGAUAACGCAUGGCGAAGUUGUCACAAGGUCCGGGAGUUUUACGCAGAUCAAGUGUUACGGGAUAAGUAUACGGACCCGGAUCUAGACCUGCUCAAAAUCGAACGCCUUGAUAGUAGCAAGCUCUCUCUAGACGAAUGCUAUAUAAAUCUGGCUAUUGUUAGAAACCCCAUGGAUUCGAAUCAAAACAGGGAUUCCGAUACUCGUCUACCUUCUCCCUUUUCUAUUCUCCGUCGUUUGGAUGUCUGGGAGCCACCAGAGGCCGACCGUGUUAGCUUGGAAACUCUUUUUGAUGGGAAGAAAGAUAGAUCACACAAUAUCCUCCGAGGUCCACCCCGAAGAAUUCUUAUCCGUGGCCAAGCCGGCGUGGGCAAGACCACUCUCUGCAAAAAGAUGGUCUACGAUUUCAUCCACAAGGACAUGUGGGCUGGAUUCUUUGAUCGAGUCAUCUGGAUUCCAUUACGCCAGAUCAGGAGUAGCCUAGAUUCAGGGCAAUCUAUCGCAGAUAUUCUGAACCGACCUCUCCCCGAUGUUGAAAGGGCUGGUAAAGGUACUCUCGGCGAGGCUCUGGGAAGAUCGUUUACGGACGACCCCAGUAGGACGCUUUUUAUUCUGGACGGCUUCGAUGAAGUUCAUCGAGAGCUACACUCUUCUGGUAAUGAACUUCUUCUCAAACUUCUCAAUCAGAGUCGGGUCAUUAUAACCACACGCCCGCGAGGUGUCAACCGUGACGUGUUCCAGAAAAUUGACCUGGAGCUCGAAACAAUCGGUUUCUACCCUAAUCAAGUGAAGCAAUAUAUAGGAAGACAUGGCAGUGAGAGAGCAAGCGAAAUUUAUUCGUUCAUCGAGAGCCAUCCUGUGGUAGCUGGGUUGGCCCGUAUUCCGAUCCAGCUUGACGCCAUCUGCUACAGCAUGAUGGCUGGGAUGUUGGACGGCAACAGUCCUCCAGAGACCAUGACCGAACUAUACCACGCCAUUGAGAGGUCGCUUUGGAACAAGGACGUGGAAUUAUUGGGGAAACGUCGCGAAGGCAGUACUGAACCGCUGCUGAAACACGAAGCACAAGCUUCUUACUCGGACGAUAUCAGAACUCUUUGUCAAGCCGAGAUCAAUGCCCUUCAAUCGCUUUCAUUCACCGGGCUCUGCAACAACAUGGUUGAAUUCGAUCCGGCCGUUCUCGCGACAUUCCACAAUCAGCAGAGCAUCAUUGCAGGCAACCUCCCUAUGGCUAAAAUGCAAUCAUGGUUCACCGAUUUGGAUAAGCUCUCGUUCCUUCGCACCUCUGACGGACCACUGACGCCGACCACCCGAAGCUAUCACUUCCUGCAUUUGACGUUCCAGGAGUUGUUUGCCGCACAGUUCUUUGUACAACACUGGAUAUCGAAGAAGGAUUUAAUAGUAUUUGAUUACACUAGCAAGAAAGCAACACCAACUAAACCAGAGACGUUCCUACAAAUGGAGAAGUAUAACUCGAGCUACGAUGUCUUCUGGCGCUUUGUUGCUGGAACCAUCCAACUUCAGCGCGAUGAAGAGGCAUUGAGUCGUUUUUUCCAGACAAUAGAAGAAGAGCCAAAGGACUUGCUUGGUCCUGCCCAUUUGCGGUUGACUAUGCAUUGCCUGGCAGAGAUUAAUAGCAACACGUCUGAACCAACUUCAUCUGUGGAAAUUCGCGAAUCUUUGGAGCUCAAAAUGAUAGACUGGCUCAUCUUGGAGUCUCAGAUCUCCCGGCAAACGGUGCGCCAGCUGGUGGGAGAGACAGAAUUCCCCGAAAGGCUUCUGAAAGAGGCAGCCGUUAUCAUAGACUUUUACAGGAGAAGCUUGCGGGAAGAAUUUGCCCAAGGGCUCAUAGCACGGCCGAGAAUUUCUCCCAGCUUGGUAGACCUUGUAGUUGAGUGGUCUCGGGAUUUUGCAGACGGGGACGCUGAUGCAGACGAGUACGAUGAAGAUACUCUCAACUUGAGUUUUGCAACAAUGAGCCUCCUUUGGCACACGCCACGGCCAACUCCGGCCGCAAUGUCGCUUCUCUCUAAGCUUUUAGACCACUCGGACAGGCGUAUUUACCAACACGCUGCGGUCACUGUAUGGAAGCUUGCGGAGACUAGGGCUGAGACAGAGUACAAUCCUUUGGUCGUAAGAGGUUUACUGGAUUGUCUACACGUCCGCAAUAAUGAGACUAGAGUCGGUGUUUUGGCAGAGCUAAGGACCAUGUUGGACUUGCCAUCAGACGCCUAUGAGUUUUUGAAGAGAUUGGCGCGCGAUCAGUCUCUCUAUCCGAAAAUACACAGAGGCACUGCUAUGAGAUCAGUAUAUGCCGAGCCUGAAAAGAUUAAGGAAGCGCUGAUAAACUUGACAACGACUAUGAAGCCCUUGGACAUUAGCACAGCUAUUCUUGAUAACUCCAAAACGGAGGAGACACAAGUGCCCCAGGACAACAGAGAAGAAAUGAUAAGACAGGCCCUUCAGCGUUGGAAAGAUGGGCUAUACGAUGCAAACUGCACAAAGAAGUUGGAGAGCAUCGAAAGCGUUAUCUUGGAGUACCUCUGUCGUCCAAAAUAUCCGGGCGAUGAGCUCAGCACUCUCGGUCUGGGUACUUUGGUAGUCGACAUCCUGUUCGAAGUUCUCGGCCAAAAUGGUUUCGACGGAACUCAUUUGGAGGAACUUUCUAAGAUUCUCGCGGGCCCAGGCAUCCGCUACAGUAUCUUGAACAUUCUUGCCGCCUAUUUCAGCAGCCAAGAAGACAUUUUGGCGGAAUUGGCGUCCAAGGGGCAAAAGCACUAUGAUGGGCGAGUGCCAGAUGUCAUAUUCAACAGCGUGGCCGCCAUGGUUGGGGGCACAAAGCCGGUUCACAGAGCAGUGGCCGGAAUCAUCAUGAACCAGCAUCCCCGUCUGCCAAAAUGCGUUUCGCAAAUGCUGGUGGACAACUUGGCAGUUUGGGAGGGAAGCGUUCGAGACCGCGCUCUGCUAUACCUGGCCACACACUGGGAUCAUACCAGGGUAUUCGAAAUGGCAAUGGCCAAGUUUGGGGUUACUAUCCAAGAGGGCCAAUAUGGCGAGUUUCCUCCAGAAUUCUGUGCGCUUAUCCGAGAUAUUGCGCGUCAAGCCAUGACUUCUCCAAACACAGCCCCCAGAUAUUUGAAGGUUUGGUUUAUGGAGGUUGAGCUGAAGUAUCCUGGAUCAGGUAUAAUGCAGUUCAUUCUUCGUCUCGAUGAGAAGUCUCUAUGUACCGUUUAUGAGAUGUGGUUGGAGGGAGCUCUAGAGGAGUCGCUGUGUUGGUAUGUGGAGGACAAUCAGCUUUGCGUUAGGACAUCCGCGGGCGUUAUUGAUAGGAUUUCUGAGAGUAGCGAGGUAAUAUCGGAGUUUCUGGAGAGGUUGGAGAAAAUCAAGGCAGAGAUUGGAGUUCCGAUCUGA